AACCGACCGCGUGUGUGCGUGCGCAGUUUCACAUGUGAUAAUCGAUCUACAAUGGAGGUGUGAAUUGAAAAUUCGUGAAAUUUCUUUUGUGUCGUGAUUAGUGAGUGUUAAUUCCAAGAUGAAAUUUUAUUUGUACAUGGUCAUAUGCGGUUUGCUUAACAAUUCUGUGAGUUCUUAUUUGGAAGAAUUCAAUGUACUCAAGCACUUUAGGGACCUAAAAAAUUCAACCGAUGUUUUCGACCUUGUGACCGGAAAAGACGGCUUCGAUGCAAUUCAAAUUAAGACGAAUGACACCAUAGCGAUGCCUGUUAAAGAUUUUGAUCCACCAUUGAAAACGCUUACAAUACCGUACAACUUCCAAGUGAUCAUUAAAAUAGACUUACAGUACAAAGCAUGGUGCAUUUUUUCCAUUAUCACAAAUGGUAUCUCCAACAUAGCUCUAUGCUUUGAUAUUUCAUCAGAAGGUAUGAUAAGAAUAUACAUACAAGGACAAGGUAUAAUAAAUCAAGGACGGUUUGCAUACAAUAUUAACGAUACAGAUUGGAUUGACGUUUUUAUUCGAAUCGAAACAAAUAAAGUAGUAAUUUACGCGAACUGUGAGGAGUUGGAAGAAGUAUUCGAUGAUGAUUUUAUACAAAAUAUAGAGUUUCAGGGCGAUUCGAUUUUAUACUUGGGUAAAUUUACCGAUCAGGAUCAAAAUACUUAUAAGGGUGCAAUAGAGGCUUUAAAAAUAACCACAGGUGGUGACGGUAUUUCUGAAGUGUGUUCAAAUGGUUUACCGGCUAGCACUCCUGGAUCUUUGGAACGCAACACUAAUAAAGACCAUCCGACAGCCGAAUACCUUAGAGCCUUUAUAGAUAUAACAUCGGAUGACCCUUUUGCCGAGUCUGAUACUGAUACAGAUAUAACAAGAGAAAAGGGUGAAAAGGGAGAUAAAGGAGACGCUGUUAUUGGACCAACAGGACCACAAGGACCUAAAGGAGAGACGGGGGCAUGUCAAUGUACAGAAAACGAUGUAUCCAAGAUACUUAGGAGUGUCGUAAGCAGUGUGCCAGAAUUGCGUGGUCCCCCUGGAGAAGCGGGGCCACAAGGUAGAGAUGGAUAUAUUGGAGAACCAGGAGCCCAGGGUGAUAUCGGUCCAGUUGGGCCUGCAGGCCCUAGAGGAGAAAGAGGUGAACCAGGUGAUCCUGGUAGAGAUGGAGGUAGUGGGCCUAAAGGUGACCCUGGAAAAGACGGCGCUAGAGGUCCUCCAGGUCCCCCUGGUCCUGAAUGUCCCGCACCAGUCAUAGAGAAAAUAGAAGAGACAACAGCUCCUGUCAAGAGAGAAAAAGGUGAUAUGGGCCCAAUGGGGCCUCGAGGAGAUGCCGGCAGUAGGGGCAUUGAUGGACAAAAAGGGGAGAAAGGAGAGCAGGGUAUCAAAGGGGAGAGAGGGGAUGAAGUUACAAAAUACCUGACAUAUAAGGGUUUGGAUGGUAAACCAGGAGUUAAAGGUGAUAAAGGUGCACCUGGUGAGCGAGGAUUGGAUGGCGUUAAGGGUAUACAAGGAGAGACUGGGAAACCUGGAAGCCUCGGAAUUAAAGGAGAUAAGGGUGACAAAGGCGAUAUUGGUUCACCAGGAUCACCGGCUAAAUUGUCAUCAAUACUAGAUGCAACAAUAGAUCCUCAUGAAAAUGCAGCUGUGGUAGAGAAGCUUCGGGGGUUUAAGGGUGAUAACGGUGAGACAGGUCUUAAGGGAGAAAAGGGUGAUCAGGGAUUAAUAGGACCCCAAGGGCCUCCCGGCAAAGAUGGCGUUGACGGUUCCCAUGGUGAACGAGGUCUACCUGGUCACAAAGGAGAUUUGGGUCCUGAAGGUCCACAGGGAGCAAAGGGUGAAGCAGGAAAUCCUGGUGCUCCAGGAAAUGUUCCUGAAUCUGCCAUUGCUUUAUUAAAAGGUUCCAAAGGAGACCGAGGUACUCCUGGAAAAAUGGGUAGCCGUGGACACACAGGGCACCCAGGAAAACAUGGAUCGGUCGGGCCAGUAGGUCCAAAGGGGAUAAAAGGCGACAGAGGAUCACAGGGCUUCAAGGGUGAAAAAGGAGACAAAGGACUCGACGGAGCACAUGGAUCAAAAGGGGAAAAAGGUGAAAUACCUUUUAUAGACUACAAAAAGGUCAAAGGUGAAAAGGGUGACACAGGUGAACCAGGCACUGCCGGUGAAACAGGGAAGCCUGGUAUCCCAGGCACAUGUGAAGCAUCGGCCUGUCCAUCUAUCCCCGGUCCACCUGGACCCCCUGGCCCGCCGGGCUCACCAGGAAUAUCCCUCACUGGACCUAAAGGAGAACCUGGUGGAAUUGUGCCCCAAAAUAAUUUUGUACGAACAGAUUCAUUUGAGGAUGAUGAAGAUAUGUACGCAGCCGCAACAAUCGUAUUUAGGACUACUUCGAUUCUUCUAAAGAAAACUACCGAUAUUCGGGUAGGCACGAUAGCCUAUGUAAUACAAGAAAGAAUUUUACUAGUACGCGUUGAAAAUGGUUGGCAAAAUGUGGAGAUGGGUUCGCUGUUUUCAGCGCGAAGUACAUCUCAUGGUUACGCUGAUAUUCCAGAGUCUACUUUGCCUCCAAGGACUUUAUCUAGCGAUGAAAAGUCAUUUAUCCGUCUUGUCGCCUUGAACGAGCCGUAUCCAGGGAAUAUGUUGACAUCUAUGAACAGGACUGGAAGGAACGCAGUCAAUCAAGAGUGUUAUCGACAGGCACUCAGGGAAUUCCGUGCGAAUAAUUUUGUCGCGUUCCUCACUAAUAAUGUUGAGGAUCUAAAAUCUCUUGUCAAAACAAGUGCAGAUCGAGUCGUACCAAUAGUCAAUUUACAUGGAGAAGUACUUUUUGAAUCGUGGCUGCAUCUCUUCAAUGGGUCUGGUGCACCACUGCCAAUGAAUAAGCUAUAUAGUUUCAACGGGCAAAGAGUUAGCACUAAUAAAAAUUGGCCUGAAAAAGCUAUAUGGCACGGAAGUGAUGCGUACGGUUAUAGAACUUCAAGAGCGUUUUGCGAAGAAUGGCAAAAUGAUAAUCCACUGGAUUUUGGAAUGGCUUCUCCAUUCGAAGAAAACAAGCUUUUAUACCAAACACUUUACCCAUGUGAUAGUAAGCUGAUUGUAUUAUGUGUAGAGGCAACAUCUAGAAAACACACGAUUAGAAGAAGGCUGCCAUCGACGAGAAGAUCCCGACAUACAAGGAAAGAAGACUUUCACAUAGAUCCUUGAAAAACAUCAGUAUUAUAGUGUUACAUGUUUGUAAAUAAAGUCAUAAUACAUACUUUCAGGAAUAAUAUUCAAAUUAUAUUAAAUUCAGAAUAAAAUUUUAUUAAAUUACAAUUGAUUAUGUAGAGACUUCAUACGGAGACAAUUAAAAUGGAGAUUAUUUUAAUAGUGUAAGCUACCCUAACUGCCGUACUUAGAUUACUAUUCAAUUAUGUCUAUCGUUAAGUAAUAAUUAUACUUAAUUGUAUAACGGUGUAAUUAAGCGUCGUUUAAUGCUCGAUUAGUUGACAAAUGAUUACAUGAAUGGGGUUGCUAUUUAAUUUGUAUGAACUUUUCAAAUCUUAACUAAUAGUUAAACAAUUGUUACUGAACUAUUUGGUUAGGCUCAUUUGUAUGAGAACGGGUGGAAGAAAUUACUCACGCAAUUUUAUUCGUUCCCAUACAAGUUGAGUAUGGCAGGACUCCAAAAAUCAUAAUUAAAGAAUUUGAAUUUUUUUUUUUUUGAAAUUUGUUUAAUAGCCGAACAUAGCUUUUAUUCUGCAAAUUCCAAUCUAACAAGAAAAAUGCCAACAUUUUUAUAUGCAAGUUCCCUGUAGUUCCAUCAAUAUCCGUAGCGCUGAUGUUGCAACCUUCGAACCGUGCGGAACAAAAACUCAUUUGGGAUCGAGAUCAUUGUCGGUAUCGCUAUUUGAAGUUACAGAGGCUGUAGCCCCAUUGUAAUCCCAUUGAAAGGCAACGGGACUUUAUAUCAUAGUCUGAAAAUGAUUGUAUUUAAUACUUUACAUAUACGAUUUCCUUUUAAUUGUUUAGUUUGUAUCAUCAAAAUAUAUUCCAAACAUUCGCCAUUGUUAUUGACACACUUCUCAAAUUAGUAAAUUAAUAUUAAAGGUUUUUUUUUAAUAUUGUGAUGUUAUGACGAUGUCAGCUAAACCCGUCAACCGUUUUAUAAAACUCAACAUGAUAAUACUCUUAAGUUUCUAGUUAGUAAUUAUAAAAUUGACAAUAACUGUGUAAGAUGCAUUUGUAUUAACUUAUUCUAUGGGCUAUGAUUGUAGUUAUCGUAUUGUACUUCAUGUUUGUAAGUCACUUAAAGUCAAAUAAUAUAAGUUACAAAAUGUCACUAAAAUAAAUUAAUAGAUUUUAAAUUAAUAAAAACUCAAUCGGACUAAAGAACUGCCUCUUUUAAACAUACCGUUAAAACAAUUGCAUAACACGAGAUGUACUUAGUAAUAAAACUAAUAGAACUGUUUAGUUUAUUAUUAAGAUUAUUCUUUAAGGUAUUUAACGAAAUUGUAACUGGCGAAACCCUCAAAAUUACUUAUUAUGGAUUUGUAGUUAUUAAAUCACACAAAUUCAACCUUUCGUUUUUCUAUGAGAGUUCCGUCAUGCCAUUUCAUACUUGACAGAUGACAAAAUGACAAUUGAUACGUAAAUAGAUUGUAAUAUUUAUACAGUUGAUAUUUGAAAUUCUGCGUAUUAAAAUGUUAUUUUGAUGUAAGCUAA